UUUUGAAUUGUCACUGUCAAUAAUGUCAAAAUCCGGUCGAAUUGUAGUUCCAAUUAUAUUUUUAUAGCUUGCUUUUUCACACGAGUGUUUUAGAAUAAUGACCUACUAAAAACAUUUUUGUAAAUAUUUUUUAUCAGUAAAUAAAUCGAAGAGAUGAAAUGUGAACAAAUGCAAUUACUUAGUUGCUUUCAGAAAUGAUAAGACAAUCUUUAAAAUUUCGAAAGACUGUAACAAUCGUUUGUGUUUUAUCUUUACUUAUUUUUAUAUUUCUUAUUCUUAGGCAAGACAAAAUAAGUAAAAAAAUAAAUGACAGGCCACACCAAAGAGUAGAAAAUGAAUUCCAGGACAUAGCAUACAGAGAUUUUAAUCAUAUUAUGCCAAAGAGAAAUGACUACAAUCAGCAUAAUUUAAAAGACAUGGAAACUAAUAACAAAGGUGUUGAUAAUUCAAAACAAGAGCUUCAAGAAGCUAAAGCUCGAAUAGAAGUAUUGGAAAAAAAAUUAGCCAUUUUAGAGGGCAGAAUACCGCAGAAAUAUCCUGAAGUCAAAUAUCUUGGAUACAAAGAACGAAAGAGAAUUGUGGUCACAGGAGGUGCAGGAUUUGUUGGAUCCCACCUUGUAGAUGUUCUUAUGACUCAAGGUCAUGAAGUCAUAGUUGUUGAUAACUUCUUCACUGGUCGGAAGAGAAAUGUCGAACAUUGGUUUGGACACAGGAACUUUGAAAUGAUUCAUCAUGACAUAGUCAAUCCAUUGUAUAUAGAGGCAGAUGAAAUAUAUCACUUAGCUAGUCCAGCGAGUCCACCUCAUUACAUGCAAAAUCCAGUAAAGACAAUCAAAACAAAUACCUUGGGAACCAUAAAUAUGCUUGGUUUAGCAAGGAGAGUGGGAGCAAAGAUUUUAAUAGCAAGCACAUCAGAGGUCUACGGAGAUCCAAUGGUACAUCCCCAGCCAGAAUCUUACUGGGGACAUGUCAACCCUAUAGGCCCGCGAGCAUGUUAUGAUGAAGGCAAGCGAGUCGCAGAAACAUUAGCGUAUUCAUAUGCUAAGCAGGAGAAGGUGUCCGUACGAGUUGCUAGAAUCUUUAAUACAUAUGGACCAAGAAUGCAUGCGUCAGACGGACGUGUUGUUUCCAAUUUUAUUAUGCAAGCUAUACAAAAUUUAACUAUAACAGUUUAUGGAAAUGGAAAACAAACGCGAUCUUUUUGUUAUGUCUCAGAUCUAGUAGAUGGUCUAUUAGCCCUUAUGGCUUCUAGCUAUACGUUACCAGUAAAUCUAGGAAAUCCAGUAGAACAUACUAUAGAAGAAUUUGCUCUUAUAAUAAAGAAUCUAGUCCCCGGAUGUCGUAGUACAGUAGCUACUGGCGCUGCCGUGGAAGAUGACCCGCAGCGUCGGCGUCCUGACAUUACCGUUGCUGAAACACAAUUGAAUUGGGCUCCAAAGGUAUCAUUACAAGACGGGCUGCAAAGAACGAUAGAUUACUUUAAAGAAGAAUUAUCAAGGACAACAUUUUACAACAACCAGACAUACAUGGAUGUGAAAGUAAAGAGCCCGCAUUGAAAAUUAACAAUAGAUAUCCUCGAUGAAUGUGAUAUUAGCAUUAUUGUUGGUACUGUAGGUACUAUUUUCAAUAAUAUUUAGUGCUGAAAAUCUCUUUGUUAAUAUUGAAGCGUGGUUGUAUAAUAAAAAAUAAUAUUAAUUACUGACAAUAGAUACAUGAGAAAAAAAAUCUAAAACUCUACAUAGAUUUAGCACAGCAGAAAAUUAUAAAAGCUAUAUGAAUUAACAUUAGACUGUUUCUCAAUCUCAACUGCUCUCUGCAUCUAUAAUAACAAAUCUUUUCGAUAAUUAUUUACAUUCUAUUUAUCAUAGAAAUUUUCUGCAUUUGUUUGUAUUGUUAUACUAUAAUAUUAAUAUAUUGGCACAUAAUCCAAUUAAAAUCUUAGUUGUCAGAUUGCUUUCAGUGGACUUUUAAUUUAAAUUUAUAAGAAAACCGUGCGUAUUUCAUACUUCCUUACUUUACUUAUUUUUUUAUUAGUUUCACAGCCAUCUUAGUACCUAAUUUUUUCGAGAUAUAUGUUUUGAUAAUGUUAAAAUAUGAGUGCAUUUUGUUUAUAAUUUAUCACAGUAUUUUUAUUAAUGUUCACAUAGGUUAUGUGUUCAAAUUUCUGAAUAAAAAUUUGCUGUUGUUAAA